AAAGCUGGGCUGUUAAGGAAGGGACUGCUUUUCAGGAUAACUCUUCUGAUGUCUGGAGGGGCCAGUAUACUUUAUAUACGCUGGAGGAUUAUGGGCACAGGGCCACCAGCUUUCACUGAAGUAGACAACCCAGCUUCGUUUGCAGAUAGUCUGCUUGUGAGAGCUAUAAACUAUAAUUACUACUAUUCGUUGAAUGCGUGGUUGCUGUUGUGUCCCUGGUGGCUGUGUUUUGAUUGGUCAAUGGGCUGCAUACCCCUCAUUAAGUCCGUCAGUGACUGGAGGAUAAUUGCACUAGCAGCACUUUGGUUCUGCCUAAUUGGUCUGAUAUGCCAAGCUCUGUGCUCAGAAGACAGCCAUAAGAGAAGAAUUCUUACACUGGGACUUGGAUUUCUUAUUAUCCCUUUUCUUCCUGCAAGUAAUCUGUUCUUCCGAGUAGGAUUUGUUAUUGCAGAGAGAGUCAUCUACCUCCCCAGUAUUGGAUAUUGUAUUCUGUUUACAUAUGGAUUUAGUCUCUUGAGCAAGCAAGCCAAGAAAAAGAAAAUUCUUGCUGUGGCAGUACUUGGAAUCUUGUUGAUAAAUGUUAUGCGCUGUGCACUCCGCAGCAGUCAGUGGAGGUCAGAAGAACAGCUUUUUAGGAGUGCCCUGUCUGUGUGCCCUCUGAAUGCAAAAGUACACUACAAUGUUGGCAAAAACCUGGCUGACAAAGGAAAUCAAAGUGCUGCAAUCAAAUACUACAGAGAAGCUGUGAGGUUGAAUCCUAAAUACGUACAUGCCAUGAACAACCUUGGAAAUAUUCUGAAAGAAAGAAAUGAGCUCCAAGAAGCAGAGGAGUUGCUGUCCUUGGCUGUACAAAUACAACCUGAUUUUGCAGCUGCAUGGAUGAAUCUAGGAAUAGUACAGAACAGUUUAAGAAGGUUUGAAGAGGCAGAGCAAAGCUACUGGACAGCAAUUAAACACAGAAAAAAAUAUCCAGAUUGUUACUACAAUUUAGGGCGGUUGUAUGCAGAUUUGAAUCGCCACAUAGAUGCAUUGAAUGCAUGGAGGAACGCUACAGUUCUGAAACCAGAGCAUAGUUUGGCUUGGAACAAUAUGAUUAUAUUGCUUGAUAACACAGGCAAUCUAGCUCAAGCAGAGGCAGUUGGAAGAGAGGCCCUGGAAUUAAUACCUAACGAUCAUUCCCUUAUGUUUUCAUUGGCAAACGUACUGGGGAAAUCACAAAAAUAUAAGGUAGGUAACUAG